AGUUAUGGAUAGUAUAGUAGAAAAAGCUCCAAACUGGAUCCACUUCCCAAAUACAAUACAAGAAGUUAACGAUGCAAAAUUAUUGUGGCAGACCCGUUUUAAUCUUCCGACAGUGAUAGGUGCACUCGACUCGGUUCCUGACCAAUUACAGCACCCCAGUGUGCUGAGUGUCCUGGUAGUGUGCAUGAUGCUAGGAUGUGGCGAAGAAGUCAAGUUAGAGAAGUUAUUUCUCAAUUUGGUGACAGCCUGUCUAUUGGGGGAUUCAGGAUAUGGCAUCGCACCUUGGUUGAUAACACCUUACAAGCCUCCUCAAAAUGAACAACAGCGUAAUUUUAACUUACAACACGCGAUGGAAAGGGUAGUUAUAGAGAGAGUUUUUGGACAGUUAAAAAAACUAUUUCCAGUUUUAGGAAAUUGUAUAAGGGUUUCCCUAGACAGAGUGCCAAAAACCAUAAUCUCUUGUGCUGUUUUACACAAUGUGGGAAAGCAUUUGAAUAUGUUUGAUAACGAUAAUAUUGAGGACGAUUUCAACGGAAAUUUGUUGGAAGGUGAGCAAGUUGCAGUUGAACAAGUCGAAAACGCAAUAACAAAGUUGUGAUACAAUAAGAAUUUCCCUGAGUAUUCAAACGUCCCUAAGACCAGAGUUUAUAAAAUUGUAAUAAUUAUUCAACCUUGUUAAAAUUAAAUGGUUUGAGAAAUAAUUUUGUGUUAAUAAUUCAUUGUAUUUUAUAAGCAAACACCAUUUGGACCUAUGUAUUGCCUUAAUGAGUUAGCAACAGGUUUGUGUCAAGUAUCUCCGUAUUACAAGCAAGACACAUGUAACACAAACCUGAAAUCUUAUGCAGUCAUCUGCCUGAACUGACAGAUAACAAAUACGUAAUUUACAACAGGCGACCAAGUAAAAUGCUUAUUGUUAGCUCAAACCUAACAAGUUUGGCGUAAGAACAACUUGUACUAAAUUGUUUUUUUUUGUAGGGACACAGGAUUUAGGAAUGGGUUUAUUUAUUAUAAAUUCUCAAAAACGGUCACAUAACCACAAGUAUCUGUAGAAGUUUGUGUAGAUUUACUACAAACUUGUUUUUUCUGCAAUUCAUCUAAUUUUAUUUUCUCUCGUUCCAGUUUCAUUUCAUUGAGUUUCAUUUGUUGUAGUAGAUCUAUGCGUUGUAACUGGGGAGUUGAUAGCUCUCUAGUUUGAUCAUUCUCAUAUUCCUACACUUUUUUUGUACUUUUCCUGAUUUUUUCGGGCAUUUCUUUACCUUUGUUUGUUGUAGGUAUUUGUUGAAGUGAUGGACCUGGCUUUUCAUUACAUAUAUCCAUAUUAGUAGCUGCACUAACCCCAACUGCCGUAUUC